GGGCUCGGCCUCCCCUCCCGCUCCCCCUCCUCCCUCUCUAUCUCAUCCUUUGGGCUGCUUUCUAGGAGGGUACGUGAAAGUCCACCAAAGGUAAGGCUCAGCAGCCGUUCACCUCCUCCCGCCCCGCUUCCCUCCUGUUUCUGUGCCGGCCCUUGCCCUUUGCCCUCUCUCGCGGCGGGGUGAGAGGUCAGGUGGCCAUCUUGUGGCGGCGGCGGAGGCGGCUGUUACUGAGGAGACUCGGCCUCCCCCUCAGGCCUCGGCCCCUCAGGCUCUCGGCCUGGCCUGACAAGUUAGUCGCAGGUCGGUCUCGGACUGGAUCUCGCCCUGGGCCUCGAGUCCAUCGGCUGCCGCCUCCCGCUCCGCCCCGCCUGGAAGCCCGCCGGUCCUCCCUCCCUCCCGCCACCAUGUCCUCUUUCUCGGAGUCCGCGCUUGAGAAGAAACUCUCCGAGCUGAGUAACUCCCAGCAGAGCGUCCAGACGUUGUCUCUGUGGCUGAUCCACCACCGCAAGCACGCGGGGCCCAUCGUCUCAGUGUGGCAUCGCGAGCUCCGCAAAGCCAAAUCAAAUAGAAAGCUUACGUUUUUAUACUUAGCAAAUGAUGUCAUCCAAAACAGUAAGAGGAAGGGGCCUGAAUUCACUAGGGAAUUUGAAUCUGUCCUCGUGGAUGCUUUUUCCCAUGUUGCCAGAGAGGCAGAUGAAGGCUGUAAAAAGCCUUUAGAAAGAUUGCUGAACAUCUGGCAAGAAAGAAGUGUUUAUGGUGGUGAGUUCAUUCAGCAGCUGAAGUUAUCUAUGGAAGACUCCAACAGCCCUCCACCCAAAGCCACAGAAGAGAAGAAAUCUCUCAAGCGAACUUUUCAGCAGAUACAAGAAGAUGAAGACGAUGAUUACCCUGGAAGCUAUUCUCCCCAAGAUCCUACCGCAGGCCCUCUCUUGACUGAGGAACUGAUCAAAGCCCUGCAGGAUUUAGAAAAUGCUGCAUCAGGUGAUGCAACUGUGAGGCAGAAAAUUGCCUCACUACCACAAGAAGUGCAAGAUGUUUCACUUCUAGAGAAGAUUACAGACAAAGAGGCAGCUGAACGUCUUUCAAAGACAGUGGAUGAAGCAUGUUUGUUACUAGCAGAAUAUAAUGGGCGACUGGCAGCAGAACUGGAAGACAGACGCCAGCUGGCACGCAUGUUGGUGGAAUAUACCCAGAACCAGAAAGAUGUUUUGACAGAGAAGGAGAAAAAACUAGAAGAGUAUAAGCAGAAGCUUGCUCGGGUAACCCAAGUGCGCAAGGAGCUGAAGUCACACAUACAGAGCCUUCCAGACCUGUCGCUGCUUCCUAAUGUUACAGAUCCUGAAACAGAUGAAAAAUUGGCUACCUUAAAGAAGACCAGCUGGCGAGGGGAGCUGGAGCCCUUUCAACUGUGAGGAGGAAGUUCAAUCAGCCUUUGAAAUGUACUUAAAGAUAGGUCUGAUAGAAACAAAAUUGUUAAUGUUUAAAAGUGAAGAAUGCUACACUCAAACCAGUCCUGAAGUGAGGGCUUUAGGAAGACCCUGGAUAAGCAGAUCCCUUGGCUCCCAGGAGGUGCACUGUAAACCUUUCCUAUCUCUCUGGCAUAGUUUGUGAAGCCCUUGUGAUGAUGAUCGCUGUCGGGGAGAGGGUCCGGGCCUUUUGGGGAAAAUGAACAUUCCCAAGGACUGCCAGACCUCAGGGGCCCAUCGACCAGUUCCACAAUCUCAUUUUGGUAUUUCCCUUUUCAGCUUCAAAGGGCCUGUCCAGAGCAGGGCCACUCUAGUGGCUAAGAACCCAGAGACAUCUGGAUAUUAUUCCGAAUGACCUGUAAGUCUGUGAAUCUAUUCCCAGUAGUUUGUUUCUUAUCUCUCCAUGCCGGAACAGAGAGAGCUUUGAGAACAGGGUUGGUGAAGUUCAUUAAGCAGUUAGGAAAAAAAAAUGUGACAACAUCCCUUGUUAUGGCACAGAUUCAGAUAGCUCUUGUAUCAAAUCAAAGAUCAUUGGAUUUUGAAGACUACUGAUUAGCCAAGUGACCUUAAUCAAGUCACUUUUCCUCCCUGGGCCUCAAGUUUCCUCAUCUAUUAAAUGAAGGGACCUGAGUAGAUCUCUCAGGUCCCUUCAAGCUCUAAAUCCUACAAAAUAUUCCAGGUACCUUUCCCCAUUCCCUCCUAUGCUAGUCUAAGACUGCAGAAAGAUAUAAUGUGCUUAGUGUGUAACAGAAUGUCCCAGAGGGUGGAUAUGAUCCACCAGGUCAUCUUGAACUGGUAUCUGCUUAUGCUCCUACUCUCCCCUUUUGCAGGGUCAGGAUUCUCAACAGAGAGGGGAACUCAGCCUUCAGUCACUGAUCUCCAUCCCCAAACCUCAUCAACGAAUUGCAAUCUUAGCCCAUUUCCACCCUCCCAAAAAGUGAUGAGAGUCAUAGAAUCUCAUAUUUUGAGGUAAUCCAAUCCAAAUCUCCUCUAUGAUAUCCCUGAUAAGGAGUCAUUCCUCCUUCAUUUUUGAACACCUUCAAUGUUGGGGAAGCUCCUACUAGGGUAGCCUGUUCCAUUGCUGGACAAAUCUUAUUUUUAGAACACUCCUGAAGACAUCUGUUCUCCUAGUGCCAUCCCAGCAUUCAUAAACAAGGAAUCUGAGGUUCAGAGAGAAUAACUUUCCUCAAGAUCACACAGCUAGCUAGUUAGUGGUGGACAGAUUAGAAAGAAAGGUGUUAGUGAUGUAUAGGUAAAAAUACAUUACACUUUUAAGUAAGGAGACCUGGAUUCUAGUCCCAGGAUUGAGUUCAUUGCUGUGACCUUUACAUCUGGCCAUUAUUCAAGCCAAAGCUUGGAGGCUUUGACACUAACGCAACUACUGUUGGGGGGGGGAUCAGAGAAUGGAAUAUUCAGUGAAUAUCCAGAGUGGUAGCCUCAUUUUAAAAGCAAACAUAACCCACCUAACAUCAGGGUGCAAAAAGGAAACUUGCUGCUAAUGUUGAUGAGGUGGCAGUUUCCCAAAGCCAAAAAGAUCUGUUUGGAGGGCAGCAGACUGACCAACAGUUUGAUCUCUGCUGUUUACUGGUGGCACAGGGAAACUUGUAAUGAGAGAGCUCCAAAAUGCAGCCAAGAUCAGUUCCUCAGAAAGCUAUCAUGUGGCCCUAAGCCUUCCCAUCCUCAGAGAUGCCUGUGAAAAUCCUCCUCAAGGAAGCCCUUCUGAAUUCUGAGUCUGAUGAGGGUGCUCCUUCUCCUUCAGGUUUGUUGCUGUAAAAAGUCAGGCAGAAAUUAUGAAGAAGGAAGAUAAUCACUUCUUACUCUACGGAUCAGGUAUAAUUCUCACAAGGUAAGAAAGAUAAGGAUGUCAGAGCUGGGAUGAGAAAUUUGCAAGGCCAAGGCAGGUUUCAAAAGUGAUGCCACUCUCUCCCCCAUUUGAAAAUUGUAUCCCCUGGGUAUGACCACUCUUCCAAGGCUUUAAACUUUCAUAGUAAUGCUGGUGAUUGACCUUAUCACAAAGGCAAUCCCUGAGUACCCUAGGAAAUGGGAUUUUCUGGCAUUAAACACCUGUAUUUUGUUAAAAAAAAAAAAAAGUGCCAUUCUUUGUGCCCCUCCCCAUGUUGCAUCCUAGAUGAUGUCUCCAUUGCUUGGCCCUAGUCUCAUCUCUAGAACAAAGAUAGUUCAUAGGUCUUUAGCACUUUAAGGUUUACAAAGCUCUUGAUGCACCACAAUCCUGUGAGGUAGGUAGUCUAAGGAUCACAAUACCCACUUUACAGAUGAGAAAACUUGAGGCUCAGUGAGGGGAAGUGGGAUAAAGUAUAUUAUGAUAUUGUAUAAUAUUAAAUACAAUUUUAUGUAUUGUUUACUCUGCUUGGUUUCAUUGAUUUUAAUAUAUGCUUUAGAAAGCUUUAUAUACCAUGCAGGUAUAAUACUUAAAGUUGAUUAAGUAUGGUGUUUGUGGUUAUUUAUAUUAAAAAUUAAAUGUCAAGAGUAUAACUGUCUUUUGGACUCUAGUAGCUCACACUGAUAUAGCCUGUUAUAGUUACAAAGCACUUUACAUCCAUUUCCUCAUUAGAUUCUUAGAAAAGAUCUGUGAGGGAGGUAGUACAGAGAUUAUUACCCCAACUUUACAGGUGAGAAAACUGAGGCUCAGUUUUUUACUCUCCUUUUAUACAAUAUAAAGAUUCCUAAGAGAAGGGAGCCCAAUCAGCAGCCACUGACCCCCAAUCCCUAACCUUAUUUCCUGCUCUAGGGAUUAAGGCUCAAAGGUGGACUAGCUUAUCCAAAGUCAAAUAGCAAGUAUGUGACUUAGUCGGCACCAGGUCUUCUUACCUGACAUCCAUGGCUCUUUCUGUUGUACUACACUGCUUCUAAUAUCAUUCUCCAGAGGAAAACCAAUCAACUUAAUUGAGAAUUUUUUUUUCAGGAAUGAAACUAAUAGCAUUUAGUACUGUAAGUAGGAGUAAGAUCUCCCUAUAAAGCAGCAUGCUUCCAAAAGCUGGUAGGUGUCCAUCUCUUUCAUGACUCUACUCACCAGUGUAUUAGGGUCUCAUGAUCUCUGACAUAUGCAAGAACAUGGAAGGACUCAGGUGUUGCCACAAAUGCAACUGUUGCUGACUUUGUAACAUAGCAUCUUUGCUGCCUGGGCCUUUGUGUAUGUUGUGCCUAAACUCUCCAGUAGUUUACAGUAUGUCCCAAUGCAUGAGUUUUCACCAGAAGAACACACAAAACAGAAAAACAUAAAUAUAAAUGCAUAGGGAAAGUCACCCAGAUAACCUGAUUUCUUGGAACCAUGCUGUUAUUAGAGUGGGAUCUUAUUUGGCUCACUUGUUCUUUCUCCUAUCAACAUCCUCAGCUUAAAAUCACAAUAUAAAGCCCACAUUAAUAAAACACCAGCCCAAUACCUCCAAUAUUUCUGUUUUUCUUAGCUGCCGAUAGGCAACUUUGAGAGGCUGGUGCACUUGUUAGGGCUCUUGGUUGCAGCUACUGCCUUCUUCAUAUUACUUCCCCUGCAUUUGUAGUUGGGGCAACAGUGAUACAGGACAGGUGGGUUAACUUUUCCAACUAUCAAAUGGCAAUAACAGUUCUUUGUGACCUUUUUUGUAAGGGAGAAAUGAUAACAGCAAUCUUUGGAAAACUGUAUCCAGUCUUCAUAAAGUCUUUAGAUGCUUUUAAACUUAAAUAUCUGCUUGUCAGAAUGAUGGAACCUUUUCUUCCUAAAACUUUUGAAGUAGAUAGUUUAGGAUAAAGAAGGAAUAGAUGUGUGUGUUAUUUCAGAUGCUAUUACAAAUGGAAGUUUGCCCUUUGGUAAGUCCAUAUCAUUUGGAGGAAGAACAUUCAAUUUGCUUUUUGAUGCCAGUAACAGACUUGUUCUUUACUCCUUACAAUGAAUGAUAGCCAUGUAUUGGAAAAUGUAUAGGAUUGAGAGUCGGCAGACUUGAGCUCAAGUCUCAGAGGCUCUAGUCUCUGCCACUUAAUAGUCAUGUCAUCUGAGGCAAGUCUCUUCAUUCUUUCGGGCCUGGGCAUUGUCAUCUAUAAAAUGGAGAUAGUAAAACUUGCUCUGCCUUAACAGUUAUGUUAUACAUAUGGUACGAUUGAAAAAGUCCUGGAUUUGGAAUGAGGACUGGAGUCCUAGCUCUCUGCUCCUUAUGAGCUGUGGGACUGAGCAGGUUACUCCUUUAAGCCUCAGUUAGUAGUAUCUUGUAGCGAAGACUAUAUUUGAAGAGGGGGACCUCAGUUUUGGGCUCCAUUACUGACUGGGUGGCCUUGGGAAAGUUACCUCACCACCCUGGACCUCUGUUUCCUCCUCUGUGAAAUGAGGGUUUGGGAAUUAAUUAAUUUCAUUCCAGAUCUACAAUCCUCUGAUACCAUGGAUGAAUACUUGCAUUGCCCACCUCACAAGCUAGUGGUAACAAAAGCACUUUGUAAACUGUAGAGUGCUAUAGAAAAGUGAGCUGCUAUUAUUAUUAUUAUUAUUACAUGAUUAAGGUGUGAGAUAAAGGAGAGUAAGUAUGUAAAAUGCUUUGUAGAAUGUAAGGUCCUUGAUGGUAAGGACUGUGCUACUUUUAUCUUUGUCUAGCACAGUAUCUUUUAGAAAGUGAAUGCUUUAUAAAUGUUGUUUUUGUUUGUUUGUAAACCUCACAGCACUAUAUAGAUGUCAGCUGCUAUUAUUAUUAAUAAAUGUGAAAGCACUUUGGAAACCAUAAAGCGCUCUACAAAUAUAAAGUUGUUAAAAGUUUAAAACCUGCCAAAGACUUCAGAGAGCCCCAUGUAUCCCAGUUAAUUUCGCUAUUUAAAUAAUUCUAUUUGUGAUGUCAUUAUCUGGUGGAGACUGUUGAGAUGAGUCAUGUCCUAUGUGCUGAUAUAGAUGUGAAUCUCAGCAGCGUCAGACCCCUUUCCCAUAACUCAGCACCACUUAGAUCACAUCCAGGCUACCUGACUAGGGGUUAACCACCUACAAAGAACAGUAAACAAGAGCAAUGGGCUUGUGGGUUUUGUUUAGCCCACCACUUACAAAAAGCUAAUUCUUCCUGAUUGAUGGACAAGUUAUUACAGAGUUAUCUGGAGCCUCAUCACUGAAGUGCCAACAAUUUGGAUGGCUUCCCUCAGCUGCUUCAAUCCUCCUUCACCUCCUGUCAGCAAAGAACAUGAUCCAACCAAGCAGUCCUGUGGAUUGACGGAUUCAUUAUCAGCACUCCACAGCCCUUUCUCCUGUGAUGGACAGGUUUCUCUGGCCUCUGAAAAGGUGCAUUCUGGGAAGAGCAGAGUAGCCUUAAGAAAUAGCAUGGUUGGGCAAAAAGAGUGCCAGGCUGGGAGUCAAAAGACUUGGUUUCUAGUCCUAGUUCUACCACUCAUGUGACCCCAAAAGAGUCACUUUCCUAUCCUAGACCUCAUAUCCCACUUGGUAAGAUGAGGAGAGUGAAGGGAUAAGAUCUCUCUCAGCUCCAUCAUUCUGUGAUCUUAAAUCCUUUUUCUUCUCUGGGCCUCACUUCAUCUAAAAUAAAGAUAUCGACCUAGGUGCCCUUUAAAGGUCCUGUAAAUGUACGUCUGUGUUUCCAGAUUGUCAGGGCCUUCCUUCUAAUUUUUGAUUGUUAUAUCUGUUCUCCUGGGUAUGAGAGUUUGAACUUGGGGCUAGAAUUUAUUCCUGUUCCUAUUGCAGAAGUUAAAUCCCAGAGAAGGAAAGUUAUGCUCACAGUCAUAUAGGUAUUAAGUAGCAGGAAUAGAAUUCACACAGGUCUUCUGACUUCAGGUCUAGUGUUUGGGUCAAGAAUGAGCCCACCGUCCGAAAAUUCAAUUCAACAAACAAACAUAAAGUUUUUUUCAGUGCCUUGGAUUUCGGCAGCGAGGACACAAAGAUGGAAUGAAAAAUGGAACUUUCCAACCUCAGAGAGUUUAUUGUUUAAUAUAUAGGAUAGAUCAUACAUUUAAAUCAGUAUAAAUCAAGAUAGAAUGUCAGAUAAGGUAGAUCUAGUCAUGUUAUUUUGGGAAAAUUUGAGGACCAAAGUACAGCUUCAUAAAGUUAGUGGUACCUGAGCAGAAUCUUGAAUCAAGAUAAUACUUUAAAGGGAUGGAAGGUUUGAACUUAAUGAUUCAAUCAGGUUCUGGAGAAUUGGGCCCCUUUUCUGACACUGAGUUUAUUACCUUGGCUUGGGAACCCAUUCUGACCUUUCUAUUCCCCACAACCCAAAGGACUCCUGCUUAUCCUUGGUAGGGACUGGUCUCAGGAUUGAUGUAGACUCAAGCCUAACGGAGUGGGUAUAGAAAGGGAAAGAAGAGCCUGUUGCCAGAAGAGAAAAACAAAAGGAAGGGAUUUAUGCUUGUGGGUCAAUUCUUACAUCUACUUAUGGUAAAUACUUCACUAUUUAUAAAAUAAUUACAGAUCUUUCGUGUAGUACUCAAGGUGGGAGCUACUGACUUUUCCCUUUUACACCCUUCCUUUUAGAGUUUUUUUCACAAAGCAACCCAAGGGCAGUUUGAAUAACCCAGUUACCCUGAAGAAAGAUGGAGAAAGAAGAAGAACCUGGGAGAGAAUGAGUAUAUUCUUCCAGGUUCUGAGGCAUAUUGAGGGGAAAUUUAGUUAAUAUGAGUAAAACAUAACAUAAUCUAAUGAAUGAGGGAGAAGCCAAUGGUAAAAUCUCCCUGUAACUCUGGAUAGGGGUUGAAGACAAACUCAUUUGAAUAGGUUAAAGGGAGGAGGUAGGGGGCAGAUGUACAUAGUACCCAAAGAAAUCCUUAGAGUGGGAGAGCAGCAUAGGUAGCAAAUGUAAAGUGCAUGAGGGCAGCAGAACUCUGAAGCUAAGCCACAGGAAAUGGAGCAGAGACAAUGAGCUCUGCCUUUGAAGGGCUCACAAAGACCUGACCAAUGUAACCCGUGAUGCAUAGAUAGAACUCCAGAGGAAAGAGAAACGUGGUCCAAAGAACCUUCAGAGGGAAGCACCAACAGGAAAGUGCGGAACCUUCUCCUCCCUCUCCAGUGCCACCCAAGAGAGUACUAAAAGACAAGAAAGAAUAAAAAGUAGUAAAUUCAGUAACCCUAUGCUUGCUAAACUUUCCUAGCAAGAACUCCUUGCUAGGAAAACAAGAAAGCAAGUUGAGAGAAAUUAAUUUUAGAUUUCUAUCACAUUAUCAUAAACUUAAAAUGGAUAUGAUAUAAAUAGGAAAGGUUACUCCAUUAAAAAAAAAAUGAAAAAAUCACAUUACGUUUUUAUGUCAUAGUGAUGUCUAAGAAGAGUUCUUGACCCUACAGGAAAUAGAGGUGAUCACAACAAAAUCGAUCAUUUCAAUUAUAUAAAAUUGAAAAAACCUGUGAACAAACAAAAUGCAACCAGGAUAAGAAGGGUAGCUGUCAAAAGUGGGUUAAAAUCUGCAUCAAGCAUUUUUAAUCUUUUGGUGCCUUUAUUUCCUCAUCAGUAAAAGGAAGGGGUUGGACUCAGUGGCCUCCAAGGUCUCUUGUAGCUCUAAACCUGUGAUAUUAUGGUCAUUCACACAAAUAACUCAGAAUGAAUAAGUGAUUAAAGGGUAGGAAUACACAGUUCUUAGAAUUGUAAACUAUUAAUAACAAAAUGAAAGAUCACUCCAAAUCACUAACAAUAAGAGAAAUGCAAAUAAAAACAACUGAGAUUUUCCUAACUCCAGCCAAUUGGCAAUGAUAAAAGAUGGAAAUGUAUAAUUUUGGAGAAGCUCUGGAAACUCUCCACAUUAACAUCCUGUUGUUGGAGCUAUGAUUUUGGUCCAGCCGUUCUGGAAAGUAAUUGGAAUCAUGCUAAAAAAAAGUUAUAAAAUAUCCACACCAUUUGAUCCAGAUAUCCCACAUUAAGUAUUUAUCCCAGGAAAGUUAGACAAAAAGGAAGGUGCCAUUUACACGAAAAUAUUGAUGGCAACACUUUUUAUGGUCGCAAAGAAUGGGAAAUUGUAGUUGCACACUGAUUGGAGAAUGGCUGAACAAACUAUUCCAUGAAUAUCACUUUUAAGAAAUGAUUAUGAAGAACUCACAGGCUCAUGCAUUUGAGGCUGGAAAGGACCUUAGGCAUUAUUUAGACUUGCCCCUUCAUUUUUUAGAUGAACUAAAGCUGAGAAAAGUUAAAUGAUUUGCCCUGCGUCAUACUGCUGGUAAUUGUCAGAGGAUUUGAACCCAGAUCUUUCUAAUUCCAAGUGCAGUACUCUGUUCACUACUCUGUUCCCUCUGGCAUGGGAAGCCUUAUGAACUGGAGUAAAGGAAGCAGAACUUGGGAAAUGUACCACAAUGGUUACAACAAUGAAAAGGGAAGAAAAAGGAAAUAGUAUGAUUAUGACCAAGAAGAGUUCAGGAAGUUCACCUUUCUCCCAUCUUUGCAGAGGGGGUGGGGGGUUUUGGGUGUGGAAUUUUGUGUACACUCUCAAACUUGAUGUUGUAUAGAUUUUGCUGUAGUGCUUUUCUUUCUUUCAUUGUACAAGGGGAUGAUUUAUGUAGGAGGGAAAGGGGUAUGUAUAUUUAGAAAUAAAGGUGAUAUAAAAAAUUUUUAAAAAUAUUUUAAAAUACAAAUAAAGACUUUAUUAGGGGGAAGGGUAGCCUGCCUGAAGGGGUAAGUAUUUCAGCUCAAUAUGAAUU